AUGGACGAUGACUCUGACUCAUGUUUUUUAAUGGAUGAUUAUGAUCACCCACAACCAGGUCUUAUUUAUUCUCCCACACUUGUGCCAGGAAGGGGAGCAAGUCUGAUGGACCUUGACAAUCAGUUGUUGGGUUGUGACUGCUCUGGUGAAGAGAUCUGCCUUUCUGCCACUAGCUGUCAGACUGCUCAUGUCUGCCAACCAAACUAUACAUCUGAUAAAAAGUUGGUUGAUGAAAAGUGGGAUUCCUCUGGCAUUGUUGAAUGUAAUUCUCAAUGUCACUGCUCAAUCCUACACUGUUCAAAUAGAGUUGUUCAAUUUGGACCCAGGAAAAACCUAGAGAUAUUCGAAUGUGGUCCUCAAAAAGGAUAUGGCCUUAAAUCUCAAGAUUUCAUUCCAAAAGGAGCAUUUAUUUGUGAAUAUGCUGGAGAAAUAAUAGGAUUGAGUGAAGCAAAGUGCAGGUUCAAAGCUUUAUAUGCUGAAAAAAAAAUGAAUUACAUUUUUGUCUUGAGGGAAGUGAUUAAUUUCUCUGAAAGCACAUCUGUGAUUGAGACUGUUGUAGAUCCAUCUCUUAUUGGCAACAUAGGAAGGUACAUAAAUCAUAGCUGUGAUCCAAAUUCAGGCAUAGUUCCUGUACGAAUAAAUUCUCCAGUUCCUAGACUUGGAAUAUUUGCUAAAAAGAAUAUUGUGCCAGGGGAAGAAAUUACUUAUGAUUAUUCAGGCGGGUCUUUGGUUCCUCAGAUAAAUGAGGCAAAUAGCUAUGAAAAAAAGGCUUGUUACUGUGGGGCUAACUGCUGCAAGGGGUUUCUUCCGUUUGAUUUGAGCCUUGUAUAA